AUGACAAAUUUUGAUGCAUCAAAAGGAAUUAAAAUCUAUGAUAUAGUUGGCCAUGGAAUGUUAAAACAAAUAAUAAGGAGGACCGUAAUAUGGCCAAUGAAAAAACCCGAAGUAUUUAAAGGUCUUCGAAGUGCUCCGAAAGGAAUAUUAUUGUUUGGUCCUCCGGGAACUGGAAAAACAUUAAUAGGACAAUGGAUUGCUUUUGAAACGGAAUCUACCUUUUUUAGCAUAUCAUCAUCAUCAUUAAUAUCUAAGUGGAUAGGAGAAACGGAAAAUCUCGUUCGAACGAUGUUUAUCGUUGCCAAAGCACGUCAACCAUCUGUUAUUUUCAUCGAUGAGGUUGAUAGUAUUCUUUCUCAAAGAACUCCGAAUGAAAAUGGAACCACACGAAGAAUGAAAAACGAAUUUUUUGUUCAAAUGGAUGGUACUUCUACAGUACUCGAAGAUCGGGUUGUUGUUGUUGGUGCCACCAAUAAACCGGAAGAAUUAGAUGCGGCUGCUAGGCGUAGAUUCGUUAAAAAAUUAUAUAUACCAUUGCCAGAUUCCUUUGAUAGAAAAGAAUUAUUAUUGAAACAUUUACAAAAAGAAUGUCAUUCGUUACAAGAAAGUGACAUAUGUGAAAUUGUUAAAAAAACAGAAGGUUACUCAGUAUCUGAUUUAUGGAAUUUAAGUCAAGAAGCUGCAAUGGAACCUGUUAAAUCUUUAUCACCAGAUGCUAUUUUAAGAUUACAACCAUCAAAAGUAAACAUUUUGAAAUUAUCAGGUUGUCCCUUUAAAUUUCUUCCGGUCCUUGUAUUCAUUCUACAUCCAAAAAAGAGAAGACACUCAAGGGACAACCUAAUACCAAUUACAAUGAAUGAUUAUUUAUAUGCACUACAACUUAUUAAACCGAGCGUAACAGCUGAAGAACUUACGGCUUAUGAAAAAUGGAAUUACACGGAGGUAGAAAAUACGUUAAAUCAACGUCAAAGAGACACUAAAAGUAAUUUUUUAAGCAAUCCCUACAUCAUUUAA